AAUAGCAAAGUUUGAAUACCAUACAAUGAUACAAGUGUACGUUCCCACCUUCUCUUCCGGACCCAGAAUCACUUCCCCUUUCUCUCUCUUCCUUAUCAGCAGCUACCAGCCUACCACUUAACCAAACAAACCCUCUCUUUGCUCAAUUUCUUCCAUUUUUUAUUUUUAGAUAUUUUUCGGAGAUUUUUCCCCCCCCUUAGCAGAUGGUCUAACACGAUACCCAUCUGUUCAAUUUUGAUUCUUUUUCAGGUUUUGGUACCUGGGCUGGUGAAAAGAAUGGAUUUUGAGAGAAAGAUUGUUUUGGGUUUUGUUUGAGAAUGAAUUUUUGCUAUGAUAUGGAAGGUGGGGUUUUGGAUUUAUGUUCAUUGCCUCCAACCAUUGUCAUCGAAUGCCGAUUCAUGCUGCGGUCGGCAUUCGACUGGUUCAUCAUUGAUUCUGAAGCUUUCUCCGAGGCUUGUUGUUCAUUAAUCCCAAUUGGAGUUGACCAGCAACGCCUAUAACCCCACGUUAUUUGAAUAACAAAGAAAAACCAAACCCUCGAAAAGAAAAAAAAGCAAAUCCUUGGUUCUUGUUUGUCAGCUCCAGAAUGGAUUCUGGUGCUGCAUUGGCAUUUCCUGUGAACAAUGGAUACAGGGAAACUCAUGAUUUUGAGGAGGACUUUGUUGAGAAAGAUCCUACCGGCCGGUAUCUUCGGUAUAAUGAGAUCUUGGGCAAGGGUGCUUUCAAGACUGUUUAUAGGGGCUUUGAUGAAAUUGAUGGAAUAGAAGUUGCUUGGAACCAAGUCCGGAUUGAUGAACUCUUGCAGUCGGUAGAUGAUCUUGCAAAAUUGUAUUCUGAAGUUCAUCUAUUGAAGUCUCUGAAACAUGAAAAUAUCAUAAAGUUCUUUAAUUCCUGGAUUGAUGAUAAGAAGAAAACUGUUAACAUUAUUACUGAGCUAUUCACAUCUGGAAAUUUAAGGCAAUAUCGUAAGAAGCAUAGAUAUGUUGACAUGAAAGCCAUAAAAGGUUGGGCUAGACAAAUUCUUCAAGGCUUAGUAUAUCUUCACAGUCACAAGCCACCUAUUAUUCACAGAGACUUGAAAUGCGACAACAUCUUUGUAAAUGGAAACCAUGGAGAAGUUAAGAUAGGAGACCUUGGUUUGGCAAUUGUCAUGCAGCAACCAACUGCUCGAAGUGUUAUUGGAACACCUGAGUUUAUGGCUCCAGAACUAUAUGAAGAGGAAUACAACGAACUUGUUGACGUCUAUUCUUUUGGGAUGUGCAUGUUGGAGAUGGUUACUUUUGAGUACCCAUACAGUGAAUGCAAAAAUCCAGCCCAAAUCUAUAAGAAAGUUACCUCUGGCAUCGAACCUGCAUCCCUUAAGAGGGUGAGUGAUCCCCAAAUUAAGGAGUUUAUCAAGAAAUGUCUUGUUCCAGCAUCUGAAAGAUUGUCUGCAAAGGAGCUUCUUAAAGACCCAUUUCUGCAAGUUGAGUGUGCGAAGGAUCCAAUACUUGAUCCCUUACAGUUACCUAGUAAAUCUCUAAAAGCUAUAAAUCCGUCCAAGUCUGGUCAUCUAUCUAUGGACCUAGAUGCUGACUACAAACAGAUCUCUAUGAGUACUUAUGCCCAAAGCAGCCAGGGAAGUCCACAUUGUCUAUCUCUUGAAGUUCAAAGGACGUAUAAGAACAAUGAGUUUAGGUUGAAAGGCAUAAAAAAUGAUGAUAACUCAAUACCAUUGAUCUUGCGUAUUGCUGAUUUAUGUGGUCGUGUAAGGAAUAUACAUUUUCUCUUUUACCUUGAGACGGAUACUGCAGUCUCUGUUGCCUCAGAGAUGGUUGAAAAUUUGGAGCUGGCAGAUCAUGAUGUAGCCUUCAUAGCUGAGCUUAUUGAUUACUUGAUAAUGAAACUUCUACCUGGGUGGAAGCCAUCAUCUGAUUAUGCGUCAAGUGGAGGAUUAAGUCCGUGUGGUGGUUCUCCAACACUUGGAGAUGGCCAAACCUUAAUGCCAAGUCCAUGGGGUUCUGUCCUAACUAGUGUUCCCUCUGAAUUAGCUUAUGAUCAAGAUAACUUCUCUGCGCUUGAUACUACUCAAAGAGAAGGUUUUGCAGGAGCUGAAGUGAGCUGCAUGUUUAACAUUGCUGAUAAUGAUAUUUUUGAGGGUGAGUAUAGUUCUUCUCCUAGUUUGUCUAGCUUGGAAGAUCAAUAUUCACAAGCAUCUGCAGUUUCUGAGAUAGUUGUUGAAGAUGCUUGCAUGAAAAAUGACAACCGCCUUGAUUUCGAUGUUGAUGUGAGCUAUAAAGGACUGAGUUGGUCCGCCUCAGAACUGGAGCUUGGGGAUGCAUAUUUUGAAGACUUUAAAUUGCGGACUACAGACUGCAGUGCUGGAGAAGGCAUUGUGAUAAAUGAAUUCUCAAAGAACUCACAUUCUACAGACCGAGACUUUUUUGGAACAUCUAACGUUAUCAGCUUGACAAGCAGUUGUUCUUCUCUAUCAUUAGCUGACAAAGAUAUUGAUCUUGAACUUAAGCUUGAACUAGAUGCAAUUGAGUCACAGUAUCGGCAAUGGUUUCAAGAACUUUCUAGAAUGAAGUUCGAGGCCUUGGAAGCUACCAGAAAGAGAUGGACAGCCAAGAAGAAACUUGUUUUUCAUUGAUUUUGAGCUUGUUUGUUUCCUACUUUUUGCCCGUGUCCAAGUUGUUUCAUUGUUGUAAAGUUUGUUGAUAUUAAAUUUGAUUCAUGUACUGGAUGCGGCUCUUUUUAGCGGAAGCCAGUAUCCUUGCUAUAAUCUUUUUUAAAUGCUUCGGAAAUCAUUUCAUUUGCAUUACAUACGAAAAUGUGUUUUCCUGGAAUCUUAGCUUCCAUAUAAUCCCAAUUGGAAACAGCCUGAAAAGCUUCUGUAUCUUUAGCUGAUGGAAAAAUUGCAAGAGUAUGAAGUCAAUCAAGCCAUUGGUGCUUUCACUUCUGAUUCAAGCACAAGUAAAAUAUUGUUGCCCGUUUCAUCAGCUGAUCGAGUCUGAAAUUCUGUGUAAGCAGCUUUAUCAUGAUGGCAUCUUGGGCAUGGCACUUCAAGAAAAGGGAAGGAGUGAAAAAAGGAAAUGACGAUAAAGAAAUAAGAGAGAAGCAAGAAAUGAUCUUUUUUAAGAAUGGGGGAUUGCUAAUCAUUAUUACUGUGGGAGAGGCAGCAAUGGUGUCAAAUUCCAGAACUUACACUUUUGAGCAGGUGGCUAAGCACAACCACAAAAAGGAUUGUUGGAUUAUUGUCCAUGGAUAGGUCUGUUUUUUAUACUCUCUCUAUAAUGGUCUUGCUUUAGUUGAUCUUUUCAGUUUCUGUGGAUGAAUCUGAUUGCUAAAUGGCUUAUUCAAUUGCAUUUGAAGGAGACUAAGAAAUUAUUCCGGGUGCAUCCAAAAUUUUCCUGUUCAUGGAUUUAAAGGGGCCUGAUUUGGGAUAGUAUAUAUAUUUAAGAAACAUAUGCAUAAACCCUUAUGGAAAAAACUUCUGCCCUGCCUGGCCAC